AUGAAUUCAUCAAUUUCUGUUGAUUUGAAUCGUGAACAUUUAGCAUUGGAAGCAGCAAAGUGUUUGAAAAAUAUUUUUGCAAAUUCUCAGAACGUGACCAAGUUACACAAAGAACUGCUAGAGAUAAAUUUAUCAAUUACUGCAUACAUACAAGAAAUGAUACAUAACAUGUCAAAUUUACCGAAAACCCCACAGAAGAGAAAAAGUAGAAUAAUAACAACAUCAAUAAAAGAUAAGCAAGAUAAUCCCACAACCCCACAUUCAAAGCAACAAUCUGCUCGGAAUUUUAUUACAUGGUACAAGAAACUGAUUGAUGGUGACCGACAGAGUCUUGGUUUGUAUUUAUCUGAUGACGUCGUCUUAGAAUGGUUCGGCAGAACUGUUAAAACGAGAAAGAAAGUAACAACAUUCCUUAAAUAUGACAUGCAAUGUUCAAAACACGAUUUCACAACUGUUGAAGCUACAGACAAAAUACAGACGAGGAAUGAGCAAUCACACAGUUUGGCUGAUACAGUGUUGGCUAGUCCUCUCAGUUCCCCUGAAAUAAACAUUCCAAAUACUCAAAGAAAUGGCAAAAGAAAACUUGAAAUCUGUGGCAGUCCACAAUGGGCUGACGGUUGCAAUCCUGACGAUGAAGCAGAAAUUAAAUGUAAAAGACAGAAACAGAACAAUGAAUCUAUAUCUCUGGAUAUAAAACAUUUGAGUAAUGAAAAUAACAAUGAUAUAUCCAAUUUUGGGGAUGGCAGCUUCAAUCAGAAACAUAAACAGGCUAAUAUAACUCCACCGAACUUAGAGUGUGGGCAAGGGGAUUGUAAACCAUCAACUAGUGGCACAAGCUCGGAAAACAUGCAUGAAACUCUGAAUGGUCAACUGCCGAAGCUAGCCGUUGAAUGUAAUGGCUAUAUACAGUUCACAAGAACAAGGAACAAACACAGCGUCGACUGUAUGAAAUGGGAACGCAGAUGUAAAGUUCAAAUAAGUUAUUCCGAUGACCCUCUAAAUGCCGGUGAGUAUAUCAUUUGGGCCUUACGAUACAGCGAUGAAAGUAAAUGCAGGCGGAAUUUGUUAACUGCCUUCGAAGAAGCUGCAAAUGAUUGA